UCUGGUGGCACUGGUUAAGGUACCAUCGCAGAUAGCUGAACUUUCUCAAGCGCGGUGAAGAUGCCUAUCCCUAGGAUUUAUUUUAGGACCUGUUGGCAUAGCUAAUUGUAAAAAAAGGUUACUUUUUUGUCAUGGAAGAGCUUCCUUCUAACUUGUCCCUGCUCACUUGCUCCCCGAGCCAUGAUCCUGCGGGGGGAAUGACGCGGGAGGAUGUGCAGCAGGAGCCCCCGGAUGUCCAGGGGGAUUACGUCGACAGCUCUUUCCCCGGCGAGGACCCCCCCGUCACCCACCAAGUGGCCUCCGCACCCAUGCCCACAGACUGCGAGUUCUCCUUCUUCGACCCCAAUGACCCGAUGUGUAAGGAGGUUCUGCGAGACCCUCGGACCACGGUACCGGAGCUCUUCGCCGUGCUGAGACAGUGGGUUCCUCAGGUCCAGAAGAACAUCGGCCUCAUCGGCAACGAGAUCCUGGCGCGUGGCUGCGGGGUGAAUGACCGGGACGGCCUGACGGACAUGAGUCUCCUCCACUACUGCUGUAAGGCCGGCGCUCCUGGCAUCGGCGAUGCGGAGCGGGCAGCCGUGUUUGCGCGGCGUCUGCUGUUGCUAGGCGCCGAGCCGUCGCUACGGAGCCGCUGGACCAACAUGAGCGCUCUUCACUACGCCGCCUACUUUGACGUCCCGCAGCUCAUCAGAGUCGUGCUGGACGCCUCACAACCCGGAGAGGUGGACGCCACGUGCGGCGACUUUGACUUCGGCACCGCUCUCCACAUCGCCGCCUCCAACCUCUGCAGCGCGGCCGUCAAGUGCUUGCUGGAGCUGGGAGCCAACCCUGCCUUCAAGAAUGAGAAGGGUCAGUACCCGGCCGACGUGGUUCCGGAGCCGGUGGACAUGCCGCUGGAGAUGGCGGACGCGGCGGCGCAGGCGAAGGAGCUGCGAGCCCUGCUGAGAGACGCCCUGCCCCCCCGGCCCCGCACCCCCCCCCUCGCCCUGCUACUCUCCUCCUGCCGCACCGGGACCGGCACCGGCGCACUCGCAGAGAAGGCACGCGCGCACCUCGCAGCAAUGGACAUACGGCUGGGCGAUCGCGUAGUCGUCGCUGGACAAAAGGUGGGCGCGUUGCGUUUCUGCGGCGGUACGGAGUUUGCGGGCGGCAUGUGGGCCGGAGUGGAACUCAGCCGGCCGGACGGGAAGAACGACGGCUCCGUAGCGGGCGUACACUACUUCACAUGCGCACACAAACACGGUAUCUUCGCUCCUCUGUCCAAGAUCAGUAAGCCAUCGGAGCGCCCAAAGGUCCGCCCUCCUCUCGCCUCCACCCCCAUCAGGACGGCACGCCACCACGCCGACAUCGCCCACGUUACCUCACGCAUCAACACAGGCGUCCAGCUGUCCAGAAGCUGUUCCUCCUCUUCCUCAUCUCUGGACUCAAGGUACAGCCCAGCUCUCCGCUCCAGACCCCCCAAGCGCCACUGGAAGCGUCCCCCUGCCGCUCCUCCUGCCCCGGCACCUGGACCUGCAUGGGGCCAACAGGAACACCAGCGAACGGGUCAGAACCAGCGCCAGCACCCCCAGGGCCCCGGCCAACACGGCUCCAGAGGACCCCCACCCCAACCUCACCUGUCGCACAUGCAGCAGCGCACGAGCAUAGCCCCUCACACAGGAGUGAGUGGUCGCGUCCCGCCGGGUGGCGGAGUGGUGGUGCUGGAGGGUUCGGACUUCCACGUGGGCGAGAGGGUCCUCGUGGUGGGCCAGAGGACGGGUGUGGUGCGCUUCAGCGGGGAGACCAGCUUUGCUCCCGGUCUUUGGCUGGGUAUUGAGUUGGACAAGGCCAAUGGGAAGAAUGAUGGAUCAGUGGGGGGCGUGCGGUACUUUCGAUGCCCUGUAAAGCACGGCGUCUUCGCCCCUCCCUCACGCGUGCAGAGGAUCCACGGCUCUGUGGACUGCUUAUCUGACCUGUCGUCGUCCCGACUCAGCCAGCCUUUGACAGGUUUGCGUCGUAGUUUCAGUACGUCCACCGCCAUCUCUACGGCUAAGGAACAGCAUCGCAGGAAUGCGGCAAACAGCAGGAGCCGCUCAGGUGCUAUCAGACGCCACCGCAGUGCAAUGAGCCGCACUAGUGGAGGAGGAGGAGGAGGAGGAGGAGGAGGAGGAGGUGCUAUGGACACCUCAAGCCCCCGUCCCAGCAGCAGCUUAGGAGGCGCCACCACCCACAGCACCGGAACCGGCACCGGCACCUCCACCCCCUCCAGCUCCGACCGGGCCGUCAAACUACACGUGGGCAUGCAGGUUCUGCUGACCAGUGCCAGUGAGAUGGGUAUUAUCCGCUACCUGGGCACCACGGACUUCGCGCCGGGCCUCUGGCUGGGCCUGGAGCUGAGGAGCGCCCGCGGCAAGAACGACGGCUCUGUGGAGGGCCGCCGCUACUUCACCUGUCGUCAGGGAUACGGCGUUCUGGUCCGGCCCAGCCGCGUCACCUACCGAGGCAUCAGUGGCGCCAAGCUGGUGGAGGAGGAGGAGGGGCACUGACGGAGGAGGGGAAAUGGACAGAUGAAUGAUGGAAUGAAUGAAAGAAUGAUUGAAUGAAUUAACGACUGAAUGAAUUUAGUAACAACUGAAUGAAUGAAUUAAUUAAUUAACUAACAGCUGAAUGAAUGAAUUAACGAAGGAAGGAAGGAAUUGACGACUGAAUGAAUGAAUUAUCGACUGAAUUAAUGAAUUAACGACUGAAGGAAUGAAUUAACGACGGAAUGAAUGAAUUAGCGACGGAAUGAAUGAAUUAACGACUGAAUGAAUGAAUUAACGACUGAAUGAAUGAAUUAUCGACUGAAUGAAUGAAUUAUCAACUGAAUGAAUGAAUUAACGACGGAAUGAAUGAAUUAACGACGGAAUGAAUGAAUUAACGAUGGAAUGAACUCCCCAUGGAGUAGUGGGGGCAAUGAAGGAACGGGGGAAUGUACGGAUGAAUGAAUGAAGGAAUGAAAGAAAGAAAUUAAAUGAAUGAAAGUCCCAUGGACGAGCUACGUAGUACCACGGAAACAGUGGCGCCAAACUGGUGGAAGAAAUCGUGUGUAUGGGGAGGGUGGAGGUGGGUGUGUGGAUACUUCCGUUUCAAGAGGCUUAGAGAGAGGAAUGAAGCCUCGCCCGUGCACUAAGCGGUAACACUUUACCUGACGCCGACGUCAUGCGUAUAACAUGACAGUGUCACAAGAGCGUCGUGACUCAGUCGUGCACGUGUCAUAAACAUGCCAACAAUGUCAUCAUAAAAAUUUUGACUUGUCAUUGAGUGACAUUUGGUUAUGGUAAAGACGGCCCAAACAAUGUCAACUUUUCAUGACCAUAAAAUGUUGUUGACAUGGACAUCGUGUUUAAGACUCAUUCAUGACUGUGUUAUGACACUGUGUUGCCACGGUUAUGACACUGUGUUGCCACGGUUAUGACACUGUCAUGUCAUGCGUAUGGGACACGCAGGUGUGACGUUCAGGGUGGGGGUGUUACCCAAGGAGAUCCAGGGGCCUCCCAAAAGGUGGUGGAGAACGCUCGAACCAACCAGAGGUGCCAAAAGUAAAAGUAAAAAAAUAAACACAGGUAACUAGGGCUGUAACGAUUCACUCAACUCACGAUUCGGUUCAUAUCACGAUUUACUGUAUGCCCUACGGUUCGAUACACCCCAUGUUAUCGUGUAUCGAACCGUAGGGCAUAAAUCGUGAUGAAAUAAAAACUAUGAUAGUUUAUAGGUAUAAUAGGUUGCAAAAGGCUACUAAUCAUUUCUAAAAAAGUUAAAAUAUAACAAUGAUGAUGAUUUGAUGCUUGGAAGCACUAUCACUUCAUAUCAUGUGGUUGUUUUCUGGACUGAUGGUAACAAAACUUUGAAAAGGUGUAUCGCGAUACUGCCUCCUUGAAUCACGAUACAGUAUUGUCCCUCUGUGUAUCGCGAUUUCUCGGUUCAAUACAAUAUAGUUACAGCCCUACAGGUAACUUAUUUGAUUAAAAAGUAGACCUGUAUACUUGUCUUACAACCAGCCGACUCGCCACUGGUUGCAUCAAGUUUGUGGGGGGUUCUUGAUAGGCUUUUAGUAUUUUUCAGUAACAUCACAGUCUCGCUACCUCAUGAGGUACAAUGGAGUAACUGGUGUAACAGCGACUAUGUAAUAUCAUGUGCUAGUGUUGUACUUACACCAAGAAUUUACUUUUUACUUUUACUUAUGACACCUCUGGCUCCAACCAAACGAAUCCAGCAAAGGAACAGGGGCGGUUCUAAGGGGUGGCAGGGGGUGGCAUUUGCCCCCCCAGAAAUAUGAUUUACCACCCCAAUUAAGAGCCCUGAUUGUGACCAAUAGCCUUAAUGCUUGACAUCAUUUCAGACAUAGAACUUUAGGUUGCAGGGUUUCACUUUAAGGGAUUCACUGUAUCACAUAAGUGUGUGUGUCGAUUAUAUAGCGUUUAUAAUUUUCCCUUAGUGUAGGAGCAUGCCCCCCUGAAAUACACUUCGCCACCCCUUUGCCACCCCAAGAAUGAAUGUCUGGAACCGCCCCUGCAAAGGAAGUCAGUAAUAUCAGUUGUAAUGUGUACUCCCUUUUUGAGAGUGUUUAAUAGGAUUUUUCAAAUGCGCACCUUUCAUCAGACCGGUGUGGUGAUCUUUAUAGGCCACUGGUCUGAUGAAGCAAUUCUUUCUCAACGGGGGCCCAACAGCCCUCCAGAGGGUGUUGGAGAGUCUCAACACCCCCGUGUUGAGAGCAAGACAGCUAAGAGGGGGAGGUAGGGGGAGGAGGGGGUUGCUCAGUUGCAAAAGAGGGACAUUUGUCUGUUUUAUUUUGUUAACAAUAAGGGGAUGGGCAUUGGCUUAC